ACUAUAAUCCCACAACCCUCUCUAAGCUUUUCCUUCCACACUUGCUUUUACAAACUAGUCUCUCUCUAGAAAGAAGAGAAAAAAAAAAAAGAAACGAAAAGUUGGGUGUUUUCACUUUCUCUCAGAGAACUCCAUAGUUUUUCCCUUUUUUCCACUCUUAAAAAUCCAUGGACACAGCUCAGUGGGCACAGGGAAUAGGAGUGGUAAAAGCAAUGGAAGGUUCGUCAACAAAAGCGUGUUCUUCAUCUUCGGUGUUAGAGAGAAGAGCAAGGCCAGUGAAGGAUCAAGCACUUAACUGUCCACGGUGCAACUCAACCAACACAAAAUUCUGUUACUACAACAACUACAGCCUCUCUCAGCCACGCUACUUCUGCAAAACUUGCAGAAGGUAUUGGACUGAAGGUGGUUCCUUGAGAAACGUUCCCGUUGGCGGCGGUUCCAGAAAGAACAAGAGAUCCUCCUCCACUCCUGCUUCAUCACCAUCAUCAUCUUUAACUAAUAAGAACCCAAAGAUCAUCCAUCAAGGACAAGAUCUUAACUUAGCAUAUCCACCACCACCACCACCACCUCCUCAUCAUCAUGACGAUUCUGCUACGGAGUUUCUGAGAAGUGGGAUCAAUACUACUACUACUUCAAGGGGAUUGAAUUCUUUUAUGCCGAUGUCGCUUUCGGAUUCUACGAUGUAUAGUACGGCAGGGUUUGGUGCUCCAAUGCAAGAGUUCAUCAAAUCUGGUGGGCUUAACUUUAGUCUUGAAGAAGGGUUUGAGAGUGGUGGUGGUGGUGCAAGGGUUUUGUUUCCUUCUUCAGAGGAAAAGAAUACCAAUAGAACUGAUUCAACUACUGCUGGCUUUUGGAAUGGCAUGCUAGGUGGAGCUUCAUGGUAGUCAAAUUGCUUUGCUUUCUUAUUCCUAUAUAUGUAUUCAAUGGGGAAUCAUUUUCUUUUUACUUUUCAUUUUAAUUUUAAUUUCCUGAGUGGAUGUGUUUGUCACUUUAUUUUGAAAAAAAAAAAAUAGGGUAUGCAUGCUUUACUAAUUAAUUCUAUUUCUUAUUAAUCCA